GGACAGACGAGUUCAGCAACUCAGGAGCCACAGUCGAUGGCUGAGCAGGCCACAAUCGAGGACUGAAUUGAGGUGAAGCCAGCCGUUGUCAGCCUGCAGCAACAAGGCGCCCUUGGUGCUUGCAUCGUCCUGCAGAUUGCACGGUUGUGAUGAUCCAGCUGUGAGACAGCGGCGCGGUUUGUCCCUUCUUGAAUCCGCUAACAAGCAAAAUGGGGGAUGCAGAGGUCGACUGGGAGGUUGUGGAAGAGGAACUCAGCCAACUGCCCGAUGCAUGGAAGCAAGCAAGGUUCGACUCCCUCCCGCACGUGGUGGACGUCCUGACCGCGUCCGAGGGCGGCAUUUUGGACGGCCUGCGCGAGCAGCGCGACGCGGUGGAGGAGCUCGUGGACGAUGUCGUGCAGGGGUACCACAACGGGUUCAACCGCGCGAUCCACAACUACUCCCAGAUCCUGCGGCUGUUCAGUGAGAGCGCAUCAAAGAUGGCGGGCCUCAAGACGAACCUGGGGGAGGCGCGGCGGCUGCUGGCGGCGCGGCACAAGGCGCUCCAACAGCAGUGGUAUCGCAGCAUCACCCUACGUCACGUGCUGCAACUGCUGGACCAGAUUGACAGCGUCGCAAAAGUCCCUGCGCGCAUCGAGCGGCUGAUGCUCGAGCGGAAGUACUACGCGGCGACGCAGCUGUUGUUGCACUCGAGCAGCAUGUUGGAGCGGGAGGGGAUCCAGGGGGUGGGUGGCCUGCGGGAUGUGCGCUCGGAUAUGCAGCGACUGCGGCAGGGCCUCUUCACCAAGGUCAUGGAAGAGUUGCAUCUGCACAUCUACAAUCAAGGCACCUACAGCCUGGCCUCCACGCGCAUCGCCGACAAGGAUGACGACGCACGUCCCGGGCAGAAGCGGUCGGUGAGGAAGAAGGGCAGCCCGUUCUCGCCCCUGCGCCUGGUGGGCUCCACCGACGACGUGCGCCUGCGCCUGGGGGGAACCCCCGACCGGAACGGGCGGCCUAGGGGGGACGACCACGAUGGGGCCAUGAGCGAGGACGGGUCUAUUUCCGGAAGCAUCAUUGCCAGUGUGACCGGAAGCGACAUCGCGAGCCUUCCGAGCAGUAUCUUGCGCAAGAGCAGCAGCCAGGCGCGGCAGCAGUCGGGGCAGCUGCCGAUCUGGCUCACAGACGCAACGCCAAACGAGUUCACGGACUCCAUCACACGGGCCGACAGCCACGACAGUGUCAAGUACCUGCAGACCCUGGUCGAGUGCCUGGCCCUCCUGGGCAAGCUGGCCGCCGCCGGCUCCUCCCUCGCGCAGCGCCUGCGCCGCACGCUGCGCGAGCUCAUCGCUGACGUCAUCAAGGCGCGCGCCCAAGCCGCCGAGCGCGCGCGCCCGCGCGUCGACUCCAUCCCCAAGACCUCCGCCGGGGGAUCCCCCAUGACGUUCAGCGGCGCCUCCUCCCAUGGUACCAAAAUGGUCGCGCACAGCCCCCGGGGGGGCUUCGCGGGGGGCCGGAUCGGGGUGACGUCAGCGGGGAUGACAUCAGCGGCGGGGGGUGGCCCGACAGGUCCGGCGUCGGUGGCUGCACAGCAGCUCCUGGAGGAGGUUUUCGGGGUUUGCGUCGGGGCGCUCGAGAACCAUCGGCUGGUGCACACGUUCAUGCAAAUGAGGGGGGCGGAGGACCAGAGCGCGCGCCAGGUGUUGUCACCCCCCCGGGACGAAAAUUCUGGCGAUGGGUUCAAAGCAGGGGGCGGCGAGCUGGCGCCGUACAACCUGGCGGUCGCCUGGAGCUGCGUCCAGUCAGAAUGCCAAGCACUGGUUUGCGAGGUUUUGAGGGCGACCCCGGCGGGGGUUAGCGCUGACCCGACCGGGUUAGGCGAGGGGGUUAAGGAGGGAGAGAAGAAAGCGGGGGCGCCCGGGGGCGCCGCUGCGAAAGAGGCAGAAGGGGCGUUGGAAGGGGAGGACGAGGAGUUGGCGUUUGCGUUCCGGUUCACGGACUUGGGGUCAGCUUUACCAGGUUCCGAAACGGGUUCGUCAACCUUGGUGCGCGGCGGCGACGGCGCUCUGCAAAGUCGCAGCCGGCGCGCUUCCGCCACGGGCCAGGAAACGUAUGAGACGGAACUGGUGCUGCCGGAACGGGGCGUCUACCUGGCGGCCGCCGUCUACCGGCCCGUCGUGCAGUUCACGGAUAAGGCCGCGCAGAUCGUCAAGGAUGCGGCACUCAAGCAGGGCGGCGGCGAGGCCCUUCGCGCCUGGAUGGAGAAGUACAUCGCCAAUGCCUUCUUGCCACGUGUCCAGAAUGACUACCGAGGGCGCAUCGCUGACGCCCUCAGCAGCCCGGCCGCGUUCAAGCCCCGGGGCCGGACGUCCGAAACUUAUGAUCGGACGGUCGAGAAGGGGCGGCCGGUGCUUCAGGGGGGACUUGCGGCGGAAUCGUUGGUGCUGGAAGUCCUGGCGUGGGCGCAGGCGCUGCCGCUGUUUGCGGGGCAGCUGGUCGGGGUCGUGCAGGCGAUGCUGGAGCGACUGCUGGAGCGGUGCCGCGCGGCCUACACUGAGGCGGUUCUGGGCAGCCUGAGCAGCGCGCUAGCGGCCCGCUUCGACUUCGAGAACCUGCAGAAGCGAGAAACGGCGUUCAUGGCGCUUUUUGCGGAGCCAGCUGGCGGCGCGGGCCAGCUCCACGUGGCAGAACUAGAGGGGCGGGAGGAGGAGGCGGAGGCGCUCGAGGAGGAGAUGUUCCAUCUGAUUGAGGGGCAGCAGCCAAUCAAGUCGGAGCACCUCAUCAUGGACUUUUCCAAGGUGGUCCUCCUCGCCGCCCUCAGCGACAGCCUCGAUUGGCUGGGUGACGUCAUCUCCCAGCUCGGCAGCGGCGGCAUGACGUCGUCAUCCUCCGUGGUCAGCCCCGUGACUAGCCCCCUGCAGGAGCGCGAGCGCGCGCGCGCGCGCCGGCCGCCGCCGCUGAGCGCGCAGCACCGGCGGGGGAGCAGCCAGACCCUGACGUCAGGGCUGGCAAUCCUGGCGGACAAGUUCCACAAUCUGUCCGUGGAGUUCAUUCGGACGCUCCGCCUGGAGAUGCAGCUGCAGACGGCGUACCACUUCCAGGACAUGACGGACCGGUCGUACGUGUGCGACGUCGAGCCCGAAGAACCGGACGAGUACGUGCUAUCGCUUACGACGCAAAUGUCCCGCCUCGACGACGAGGUGUCGUCUUAUGUGCCCCCCGUGCGGCGGAGCUAUGCGUUUGGGGGGGUCUGCGGAAUUGCGGCGCGGUGCGCGAUCGCCAACCUGGGGCGGAUGAAGGCUAUCAACCACCUGGGCGUGCGGCAGGUUGCACGUGAUUGCAUCGCUCUGCAACAAACGCUCGCCAACCUGGGCACCGGCGGAGAUUACGCCUCCCUGCAAAGGGCGCAGGCAAAGUUCGACCGUGUGCGGCAGUAUUAUGAGCUUCUCACCAUACCGGUCGAGUCGUUGAUCGCCUUUGCACAAGAUCACCCGGGAGCGUACAGCCCCGAGGAGUUCCGGAAACUGCUCAUGGUUCAGGUUCCGGGACGGGAGGUGCCGACCGAUGCGAUGCACAAGCUUGUGAGGACGUUCGCCAGAUGAGCCGGUUGCUCGGAUCUAUUUCGGAUUGUAAUUUUUAGAACUUGCCCGGCCAACUCUGACAAAGUCAACAAAGCCGCUUCGUGAAGACUUGUAAACCACAAACCCGCAAAUAUCGAAAUAUAUGCACUGUCAAC